ACGUGUAACAUGAAAACACAUCGUUUCCCCUUGGUGUACAAUUUAAUAAAAAUGGACUUAUAAUACUUAUAAAUCCAAAUUGGACGGUCGGCUAAACUAUAAGCUUCAGUUCAGCAACAACAAUGUCUGAUGGUUCAAAAUCUCUGUUGUUCUCUACAGAUACUGUAAAAGAUAUAGUCCUAUGGAGGAGAAAGAAGUUGAGCUUAUUGGUCCUUUUAGUGGCAACAGUAACAUGGGUCUUGCUAGAUGUCUAUGAAUUCAAUUUCAUCACUGUUGCUUCCUGGCUAGCUAUGCUUAUUGUCACUUCACUCUUCCUCUAUGGGAACCUGGUCAGGCUUUUCCGCAAAGAAGAGCCAAAAAUUUCAAAUUGGAAAAUUUCAGAGGAGACAACUACGGAAACUGCAAAGUCAGUAAGAGGAAUGAUUGAAGAAGGAAUUAGAUGGAUGUUUCAUGUUAGUGCAGAGAGCGAGUGGUUCAUUUUCGCUCGUGUGGUUACUGUCUUGUGGCUGCUUUCUUACGUUGGGAGCUUCUUUGAUUUCUUGACACUCCUGUACGUAGGUACAGUGAUGGGGAUGAGUGUUCCUGUGAUAUAUGUGAAGAAUGAGGAGAAGAUAAAGAGGUGUGAAGAGUGGAUGAAGAUGAAGGCUAGGAGAUUUUAUGAGAUGAUGGACGAGAAGGUGUUCAAGCAAGUGAAGAACAAGGUAGUUAAAGUUGAAGAAAAGAAGGAUAAGAAGGUCGAAUAGAAGGUGGCACACUUCCUUUUCUUUUGUGGGGGAAUCCAUGUAUCUACUGCAACAGUCUGUAUCUAUUAGGCAUUAUUUACCUUUAUGUUUUUUUUUUUUUUUUUUUAUUAAAUGUAAGUGCUAAUUGAGUUCUAGUAAGCUGAAAUGGAUCAGUUGAUUAUAAUAUAUAAGGUCAUUGAUUUCUGAGAGUAAA